AGUGUUUCUCUCAUUCUCUCUCUCUCUCUAAAAUGGAUCCAAGUCUUCUCUCCAUAGCCUUGGCCGCCCUGGCCAUCCUUAUCUCCUUCCUCAUCUACAAGCGGUUCGGAUUCCGGCUCCCACCCGGUCCAAGGGCCUUGCCGGUGGUCGGCAACCUGUACGACAUCAAGCCGGUCCGGUUCAGGUGCUUCGCCGAGUGGGCCCAGACCUACGGACCGAUCAUGUCGGUCUGGUUCGGCACGACCCUCAACGUGGUGGUGUCGAGCUCGGAGCUGGCACGGGAGGUGCUCAAGGAGAACGACCAGCAGCUGGCGGACCGGCCGAGGAACCGGUCCACGGCCCGGUUCAGCCGGGACGGGAAGGACCUCAUCUGGGCCGAUUACGGCCCCCACUACGUGAAGGUCCGUAAGAUGUGCAACCUCGAGCUCUUCUCCCCCCGCCGGCUCGAGGCUCUCCGGCCGAUCCGGGAGGAGGAGGUCACGGCCAUGGUCGAGUCCAUCUUCCGGGAAUGCACCCAGCCAGGAUGUGCUUCGUCCGACAUGCUGUACUGGAUUAUUAGCAAUAUUGAUUGCUGUCUUGUAUGCCUUAUUAGCAAUAUUGAUUACUCCAAGCACAAUGCUCGAAGGGAUCGACUUACAAAAAUCAUCAUGGAAGAACACACAAAAGCACGCAAAAAAAGUGGUGCAAAGCAACACUUUGUCGAUGCUCUCCUCACCUUGAAGGAUCAAUAUGACCUUAGUGAAGACACCAUUAUUGGACUACUUUGGGAUAUGAUUACUGCUGGAAUGGACACAACUGUCAUAACUACAGAAUGGGCCAUGGCUGAGCUAGUUAGGAACCCAAGAGUGCAAGGGAAAGUUCAGGAGGAAAUGGACCGUGUCAUCGGUGAACGCAUCAUCACUGAAGCCGACUUCGCAAACCUCCCCUACCUGCAAUGCGUGGUGAAGGAAUCCCUCCGGCUACACCCCCCAACCCCUCUCAUGCUCCCCCACAAGGCCACUGCCAAUGUCAAGAUUGGUGGGUAUGAUAUCCCCAAGGGAUCGAACGUGCAUGUCAAUGUUUGGGCCAUUGCUCGUGAUCCACAGAUAUGGAAAGAUCCCAUGGAAUACCGGCCAGAGCGAUUUGCUGAGGAAAAUAUCGACAUUAAGGGUAGUGACUUCAGAGUGCUACCAUUUGGUGCUGGCCGGCGGGUAUGCCCAGGGGCUCAGCUAGGCAUUAACUUGGUUGCUUCAAUGCUGGGGCACCUCUUGCACCACUUCAAGUGGACACUGCCUGAGGGUGUCAAGCCAGAGGAUGUCGACAUGUCGGAGAACCCCGGGAUGGUCACCUUCAUGCAUACUCCAUUGCAGGCCAUUGCCACACCGAGGCUGCCAUCCCAGUUGUACAAGCAUGUCCCUGUUGACAUGUAACUGUGCACCAACUUUUUUCUUACCAACUUGAUGCAUGUAUGGCAAUUUUUUUUUUUUUUUGAUGGAAGCAUGUAUGGCAUUUUACCAUGAUGUUUUGCUAAGUUGGUAGUGUUUUAGAUCCGAGCAGAUAUCUAUCAAGCAGUAGAUUUUCUGGGCCUGAAGUGGAAGUGGAAUUCCAACUAAAGAUAAAGUGGUUUCAGCAACUCUGGUAACCAACUCUUGAAGUAGCAUUGUAUCACUCAUUGCAAUGAUCUGGUUUGCAACAUGCUCAUGUUAGUUUUUGACAGAUUUUGCUCGACUUUAUUAAUUAUGUCAACAUGGUUCAGGUUUUGAAAUCUACAUUUUAUCAUUUGCAUACUAAA